GCGGUCCCGCCGAGGAUUGAGCGCCGCAGGAGCCGGGAGGCGAACCUGGGACCCGCUGGCCUCGCUCGGUGCGCGCCUCCCUCCCCACAUGGAGCCCGCCGAGCGCUCGCGGGUCCCCAGGAUCGACCCGUACGGAUUCGAGCGGCCUGAGGACUUCGACGACGCCGCCUACGAGAAGUUUUUCUCCAGCUACCUGGUCACGCUCACCCGCAGGGCGAUCAAGUGGUCCCGGCUGCUGCAGGGCGGGAGCGUCCCCAGGAGCCGGACAGACCUCAACCGGACCUUCCCCGACAAUGUGAAGUUUCGGAAGACCACGGAGCCCUGCCUGCAGAAGACCCUGUACAAUGUGCUGCUGGCAUACGGGCACCAUAACCAGGGAGUGGGCUACUGCCAGGGAAUGAAUUUUAUAGCGGGAUAUCUGAUUCUUAUAACGAAUAAUGAAGAAGAAUCUUUCUGGCUGUUAGAUGCUCUUGUUGGAAGGAUACUACCUGAUUACUACAGCCCGGCCAUGCUGGGCCUGAAGACCGACCAGGAGGUCCUCGGGGAGCUGGUGCGGGCGAAGCUGCCGGCUGUGGGGGCCCUGAUGGAGCGGCUGGGCGUGCUGUGGACGCUGGUGGUGUCCCGCUGGUUCAUCUGCCUGUUUGUCGACGUCCUGCCCGUGGAGACAGUGCUUCGGAUCUGGGACUGUUUGUUUAACGAGGGCUCGAAGAUUAUCUUCCGGGUGGCCCUGACCUUAAUUAAGCAGCACCAGGAGUUUAUUUUGGAAGCCACCAGCAUUCCAGACAUUUGCGAUAAGUUUAAGCAGAUAACCAAAGGCAGUUUCGUGAUGGAGUGUCACACGUUUAUGCAGAAAAUAUUUUCAGAACCUGGAAGCUUAUCCAUGGCCACCGUCGCCAAGCUGCGCGAGAGCUGCAGGGCCCGGCUGCUGGCACAGGGGUGAGUGUGCCUGUCUCCUGCGUUGCUCAUCUCCGCACAGACGGCGAUUCUCCUUUCCAGAGUUGACACUGGACCAGCUUUCACUGCUUUCCUUUUUAGUGUUGUAAAUACUUGACAUCACUACACUGUAGUUGUGAAUUUUUUUAAAAGAGCAGUUUAAAACCAGGUCAUUCUACCAGCUUUUGAUUAGUUAUGAAGUCAUACUUUUUAAAGAAAACUUUUUACCUGAGAUAUCAAUAAUAUAUAAAAUGUGAGAUGUGGCUUUGUAUCUAAUAAAGGAUGCUAAUCAGUUUCUCAGCUGACUGGAAAUUAACACAGUGGUCACUGAGGCCUCCCCAACGGCAGUGUGAAUAUUCCAUUCCUUUCUGUGGCUCAGCACUCACUUCAUGUGAGGCUUCUGCACGUAGUAGGUGAUUUCUCUCUAGAAAGGUCAUUUUUUCCCUUCAACUUUUAAGGUCUGGGUACAGGUGGAGGGUGAACAGGUUUGCUGCAUAGGUAAAUGUGUGCCAUGGUGAUUUGCUGCACAGAUCAUCCUGUCACCUAGGUAUGAAGCCAGCAUCCCUUAGCUAUUCUUCCUGAUGCUCUCCCUGCCCCCAACCCAAUAGGCCCCAGUGUGUGGUGUUCCCCGCCUUGUGUCCAUGUGUUCUCAUCAGAAGCUCCCACUUGAGAACAAGUGGUGUUUGGUUUUCUGUUCCUGUGUUAGUUUGCUGAGGAUAAGGGUCUCCAACUCCAUCCAUGUCCCUUCAAAGGACAUGAUCUCAUUCCUUUUUAUGGCUGCAUAUUAUACCAUGUAUCUCUGUAUGAAAGGUUAUUCUUUUAAUGAUUUAAAAAUUCUUUUACAUGAAUGAACCAGACAACUGUGCCAGGAACUCGGGCCACUCCAACACCAUUCCCUACAUCUGGCACCGAGACCACCCUCACCCCCGUUUCCCUGACACCCUUCUCUCUCUGCACCAAGACCACCCUCACCCCCGUUUCCCUGACACCCUUCUCUCUGCACUGAAACCACCCUCACCCCCGUUUCCCUGACACCCUUCUCUGCACUGAAACCACGCUCGACCCCCAUUUCCCUGACGUCCUUCUCAUGAGCUCCCAUUUAGCUGACAAAAGGACAAGGCCCACACAAAAAAGAAAGAGGCUUUUUAUUACAUUGUUACAGGCAAUGCAUUACGUGAGCCGGUCCUGUGUACAAUCCCCAAGCCGCGGCAAAACAUCACGAGAAGCACCUAUCUCACAUUGUACACAGCGCAGAACAG